GCCGCCGCCACCGCCGCGGGGCCUGCGCCGGCCGCCCGCCCGCCCGGGAGGGAGGGAGGCCUGCAGCGCGGGGAGAGCGGCCGGGCCGAGGGUGCCGCCGUCGCCAGGACUGAAUUGCAACUGCCAAGGCAAUAAGUGACUCUUUAAAUAUGCCACAGGACUGCAGCAAGUGAAGGGGGCCCUGGAGAGGAUGAUGAAGUGAGAAUGUUUGGCCCAAGGACAAGAAGUAUGUCUCUAUUUUAACAAAAUUCUUGCUGUAUCCAUUACAAGACUGUAACGCCUGAGGCUUAACAAGGAAAAGUGGCUUUCUGCAAAUGACUGAUAAAGCCACCCUUAGAAGCACUUCUCAGGCCCUCAUGGAGUAGCUGAAAUUUGUCCUGCAAGGCCCUCUUGCCUGCUGAUCACCCAGAGUGAUUGUCACCAUGGCCAGCAAGAGGAAGUCCACCACCCCAUGCAUGAUUCCGGUUAAGACUGUGGUGCUGCAGGGUGCCAGCACAGAGGCUCAGCCUGUGGCAACUUUGCCUGAAGGUCCCCAGCAGGAUCUUCCCUCAGAAGCACCUGAUGCCAGCAGCGAGGCAACCCCAAACUCCAACAGCACUGAGGGCUCUGCCCUGGCAAACGGGCACCGGAGCGCUUUGGAUGGCUAUGUGUAUUCCUGUAAAGACUGUGAUUUCAGGUCCCAGGACGUGACUCAGUUUGUAGGGCAUAUGAACUCAGAGCACAUAGACUUUAAUAAAAACCCAAAUUUUGUAUGUACAGGGUGCAGUUUCCUGGCAAAAACCCCUGAGGGGCUUUCCCUGCACAAUGCCAAGUGUCACUCAGGGGAAGCCAGCUUUUUGUGGAAUGUGACCAAGCCAGACAAUCAUGUAGUGGUAGAACAGAAUGUCCCUGAGAAUACUAGCAUGUCUGACCUAGCAGGUGAAUCUGCCACUGAAGGGACUGAUGGACAGGCUGAAAUCAUUAUUACCAAGACACCAAUCAUGAAGAUAAUGAAAGGCAAAGGCGAGGCCAAGAAAAUCCAUAUGCUUAAAGAAAAUGCUCCCAAUCAGCCUGUGGGUGAGGCUUUGCCAAAGCCAUUGGCUGGGGAGGCAGAGGUUAAAGAGGGGGACCACACUUUCGCCAAUGGGGCAGCUCCAGUCAGUCAGGCAUCUGCUAGCACCUCAAAGCCCCCUCAUGCAGCCAAUGGGCCCUUGAUAGGAACAGUGCCAGUACUGCCAGCUGGUAUAGCACAGUUCCUCUCCCUCCAGCAGCAGCCCCCAGUGCAUGCCCAGCACCAUACCCACCAGCCCCUGCCCACAUCCAAGGCCCUUCCAAAAGUCAUGAUCCCCCUGAGCAGCAUCCCAACAUACAAUGCAGCUAUGGACUCCAACAGCUUUCUGAAAAACUCCUUCCACAAAUUCCCCUACCCAAGCAAAGCUGAGCUCUGCUAUUUGACUGUGGUGACCAAGUAUCCAGAAGAACAGCUUAAGAUCUGGUUCACAGCCCAGAGGCUGAAGCAGGGAAUCAGCUGGUCUCCUGAGGAGAUUGAAGAUGCCCGGAAAAAGAUGUUCAAUACAGUCAUCCAAUCUGUGCCUCAGCCCACCAUCACAGUUCUAAACACGCCCCUUGUUGCCAGUACCGGCAAUGUACAGCAUCUCAUCCAGGCCGCUCUCCCAGGCCAUGUUGUGGGACAGCCAGAGGGCACAGCAGGGGGCCUCCUGGUCACUCAGCCAUUGAUGGCCAACGGGUUACAAGCGUCAAGCUCAUCUCUCCCCCUGACAACUGCAUCUGUUCCCAAGCCAACUGUGGCACCCAUCAACACUGUGUGUUCAAAUACAACAUCAGCUGUGAAGGUAGUCAAUGCAGCCCAGUCACUCCUCACAGCAUGCCCCAGCAUAACUUCCCAAGCCUUCCUUGACGCAAGCAUCUACAAAAACAAGAAGUCUCAUGAACAGCUGUCAGCCCUGAAAGGAAGCUUCUGUCGGAACCAGUUCCCUGGGCAGAGUGAAGUAGAGCACCUGACCAAAGUGACGGGCCUCAGUACCAGAGAGGUGCGGAAGUGGUUCAGUGACCGGCGGUACCACUGCCGGAACCUGAAGGGCUCCAGGGCCAUGAUGCCUGGAGAGCAUGGCUCUGUUCUCAUUGACUCUGUGCCAGAGGUGCCCUUUCCUCUGUCAUCCAAAGUUCCGGAGGUGACCUGUAUCCCAACAGCAACCUCACUAGCAAGCCACCCUGCCACAAAACGACAAUCUUGGCACCAGACCCCAGACUUCACACCAACCAAAUACAAAGAGAGAGCCCCAGAGCAGCUUCGAGUCCUGGAGAGCAGCUUUGCACAAAACCCGCUUCCCCCUGAGGAGGAGCUGGAUCGCCUGCGAAGUGAAACCAAAAUGACCCGAAGGGAAAUCGAUGGCUGGUUCUCAGAGAGACGGAAGAAGGUGAAUGCUGAGGAGCCCAAGAAGGCUGAUGGGCAGGUACCUCAGGAGGAGGAGGGUGCUGAGGAGGAGGGCGGAGAUGAAGAGUUGGCCAGUGAGCCGAGGGUCCCUGGUGAAAGUGGCUCUCCUGAACUGUUUCUUAGCCAUACCUUGGCAGAACGCAAGGUCAGCCCCAUAAAAAUCAACCUCAAGAACCUGCGGGUCACUGAAGCCAGCGGCAAGAGUGAGCUUCCAGGGCUGGGUGUCUGCGAGCCUGAGGAAGAUGGUUUGAACAAGCUGGUAGAACAGCCACCGGGCAAAGUGAGCUACAAGAAGACGGCACAGCAGCGUCACUUGCUACGGCAGCUCUUUGUCCAGACACAGUGGCCAAGCAACCAGGACUAUGACUCCAUCAUGGCCCAAACAGGGCUGCCCCGGCCAGAGGUGGUACGCUGGUUUGGAGACAGCAGGUACGCCCUGAAGAAUGGCCAGCUCAAGUGGUACGAAGACUAUAAGAGGGGCAACUUCCCACCAGGUCUGCUCGUCAUUGCCCCUGGCAACCGAGAGCUGCUGCAAGACUAUUACAUGACACACAAGAUGCUGUGUGAGGAAGAUUUGCAGACCCUCUGUGACAAGACCCAAAUGAGUGCCCAGCAGGUCAAGCAAUGGUUUGCUGAGAAAAUGGGUGAAGAGACCCGGGCUGUGGCAGAUACAAGCAGUGAGGACAAGGGCCCUGGAACUGGAGAGUCUGUGGCAGUGCACAGAGUGCUGGGUGAUGCCUAUUCAGAGAUGUCGGAGAACAGUGAAUCAUGGGAGCCAAGUGCUCCUGAGGCCAGCUCAGAGCUCUUUGACACUUCGAGUCCCCAGUCUGGACGUCAGCUUGAAACAGACUGAAUUUGAUCUGAUUACUGUGAAGGACCGGCCAGUCUGGGAUGCUGUCUACCAUGUGGAAGGGCCAAACCUGCCAUGCAUCAUCUUGAUGGCCAGCUUUGCCAGGCGCCCAAGAGAGCCUCUGGAGGCCUCACUGAGCCCAGAACCUGCCGCCACCCUAACCACCUGAUACUUCUAAGCAAGUAGCAAGGGGUUCUCAUCAGCCCAUCCUCCCACUAUGCAGGACCUCUCCUUUGCCUCCCAGGGACAAGCAGUUCACAUUGCAUAGACAUAGACCCGGAGUCAAGUUCUUAGCAUAUACAGCUGCCCAUAUACAUUUAAUAAAGCAUCCAACUGCAGACAUUCUCAAUACAUAGGAGCUGGGGUUAGCAAAGCAGUACAGCUCUGACAAUGCCAUGUCUGUUCUCGCGGAAGCUGAGACUACAAGGGCCCUCAUCGUCUGCAGCAGCAGGAGUCACAGGUGUGCUCAGAACUGCUUCAGGCCCAGCCCCACUUGCCUUCUCAAGGGCACAGAGCUGUUGAAGAGCCCUCUGCAUCACUGAGUGGAAGCAAGCCACAUUUUGUGCCAGGCUUGCCUUUGUUCUGACUGACAGAGCCCACUGUUAUCCUAAUUCUGAACACAACCCAGCUAUGAGAUUACCACUGGAUGCUUCCCACUUUCUUUAGUUAACCGUAAUUCUGAUUUUUCAUGGAGCUUGAAUCAUGGACCAACUUCUCCAUUAUCAGAUCAGCUAAAGAAACCAUUGUUGGAAAGCCCAGUGUACUGACCUGUAUGCUCCCUUCAGCCCUUCAAUUCAGACUCCUUUAGAGCAAAAGGAAGGCAAGGUAGAGCCAGUUGCUGUGGCUUUGGCCACCAUGGUGCUCUCAAUGCCUCCUGCGGGUCAGAGAAAGUACACCGUGGCUGGUAGAAAGAGUGAGGCUGAAGAACUUGGGAGUUUUUCUUUAUGACCUGCACUGGUCUUGAACACAAAGACCUGCGGGUAGGAGUCCCUGGCAGAAUGCCCUUGCCACACACCAAGGACCUGACCAACUACUGGUUUCAUGAUCCAGAGGUGCUGGACAUCACUGGAUAGAUUCCUGUGAGAUGUUUUUAAAGUUUGAAUUUUAUAUUCCCAACCUGGGAAACAAGAACUCUAUUUGCUUUUGCCUAAGCCUUGUGUCCUUUGAAUUAAAAUCACAAGAAAAGGUGCCUUUGAAACAAUGGACAACUUGCUUAUGGAGCUGUACUAAAUAGUAAAGCCUCAGUGUCUCCAAGGUUGGCCUCUCUGAGAGCAGUGGAUAAAGCAGGGCAGGGGAGGGACAAAGAUGACAAACAGGAUGUGUCAUUCAUGACCCCACUUACCUCUUGGAAACUCCACAGGAGACCCACAGGCAGGGCAAGCAUUUUGACCAAGAAGUAGUGGUCAGCUUGUAGGUGUCAUCUUCGCUCCCCCUCACAGGGGUGGGAACAGUCUGAGGAUGAGCAUGGCGGCCUUUAGCCUUCUAGGAAAGAGGGCUUUCUUUGUAACCCAGAGCCCUGGAACCAUUAUAAGAUGUUUCUCUUGCCUUUCCUGUCCCCAUAGGGAUGACCUCACAUUUGUCUCAGAUUGGGGGUUUUUGACUACUUGGCAAGUUUUACAGCCUAUUUUUGUAUCCUUUCUCUUUGGGGAGGGAAGUUAUUUGGCCCCAAACUUUGAGGAAUUGCAAAGAAUGGUGAGUGACUGCUUUCCUUCAGAGAACAGACAUCUGAAAGUUUUCCUUUAGUGUUUGUGUACAUGCAGAUUUACAUAUCCACAUAUACAGUACACAUACUUAUUUGAUACUUAUAAAAACAUACAUCUGAUGUACACGUGAGCUUCAUGUGAAUACCCUAGGGGGAAGUAGCCUGUGUGUGAAGAGAUGAAAGUACACUGGGCAGCUGGAGCAGCAAAGGAAGCCAUCUACUGUCUAAGAAAGCGCCUGUGUCUCACCUGAGCCCAGAUGCCUGCUGGCUUUACUUUUAGAGCCCUGCUGCACUAGCUGAAUGGUAGACCCUAUACAAGGUCUGAACAAUUUACACGGAACAAGUUACUUGGUGGACACUAUGCUGGACACAGAUAGCAGCCUGGUCUUGGGCACUGGGCAGUCUUCUGGAUGGGAAGUUGCAGUAAUACUGGCCCCAGUACACCUUUCUCAGAGCUGGUAAUGGCAAGACUGCCCAGGUAAGGAAUCCAACAGACUAAAUGGACCUUGUUUUGGACCUUCCUUGGCUUUGGGAUGGGGGAGGGAAAUUGUGGCUUGGACCUUAUGUUUGACAGGUACUGAGGGAGGUGGUCAUGGGGCAGGCACUUCAGGGAAGAGCUCUGGGUGCCAAGCAUGAGUGCACUGACAGAGGAGUAGGCGUGUAAGUCGGCAGCUACCAUGUCUAUGGCUACUACGUGACAGAUCACAGCUGUCUCGUCCAGUUGGAGGGUCAGUUCUGUGUGCCUUCAGCAGAAGGCUGGCUGAGGGCUGCAGAGGUAGGAUGGAAUGUGCCUCUCCUAACAAAGCUUGCUUUGUAAGAUGAGUCUUGCCCCAUCCUCUGCACUUACUUGGACUCACCGGAGGCAGUAAACUCUAAGUGUUCUUUGUUGCCUGUAUUAUGUUUGAUUUUUUUUCCUACUUACAUAGGGUUGUGAGUUCAGUUCUUAACCAGACCCCAUUCUAACGGAAAUCUGAACUUAUACAUAGGCUUUGCAUAUUACUUGUAAUUUUUUGAUCGUAUUUUUCUUUUGAGAGUUGGGUGUGUCAGUUUCAGGAGGCCUUCUCUGGAUGGCUUGCCAGCACUUUGAGGUCUACUAGUGACUGCUCUUGUACUUUUCUCUUGGCUGAGUGACAGCAGCUGUCAGGUGGAUAAAAUACCUUAGCCUGAGGCACCCUUCCCUCUGGAAGCAGAAGAAGAAUUGGGUCAGACCCAGUAGAUUUCUGCCUGUAUCCUCCAAUCUGUCCCCAGCUGGCCUUGAGUGGCUCCUACCAGGAAGCUUAGCAGCACUCUCUAGGCCCAGAUGACUCUGAGUUUACGUAUUCUGUCAGUAGCUAAGCCAUACCUGUGCCCCUUCCUCCCUGUUGGCCCUAGGACACCUGUCACACAGCUGCCUCGUGUGGAGAAUGAGAGGCAGCCUUUCUGGUUAGAGUCUUUUGUGUUUCCCCCAGGUGACUGUUGAGCUGUCCCUGCCUUGAGCCUUUUGUCUUCCCAGUCUCUGUAUGGACCAAAAUCCUCAGAUUGGAACAGCUCAGUAAGUUCCACUGACAGCCAAGUGCAUAAAGGCACUUUCUGGGAAACCAAGCAAAAAGGAAUCCUAAAACAAAACUUGGAACUUACAUUUUUCCUAAAGUCUCUUGCCCUUUACCUGCUGUUCCCCACAGAAGAAUGUUGGUUCCAUCCACUUUUGCAGAUGAAUUUGUAUCACAUUCAUUUGCAAGGCUCAAUUGUCUGCAGGAGUCUUCUAGAUUAGCUCAUCCUGGCCAAGGUUUGGCAGGCUGCCUGGUUUUCCUUACUCCAGACUGGAACCCCCACUUCAGCAUUCCUGACUUAGCUUCCUGUUCUUUUUCUCAAAAGCACACUGCUCACUACCAUCCUGUCCAGACCUUUAGGGGUGACUUCCAUGUGUUCUAGCCCUGGAGCCCACAGGUCUUCUCUAAGCACAGACCUUCCUGAGUCUUCAGCCUUAAUUAUCCACACUGCAGUUUGUUCUGCCUUGGUUCAGUGGAGCAGGUAAAUGACUGGGCUGUAUACUCCAGGGUAAUGAGACUGUUGGGGGUCUUCGGUGGAACGGCUGGGCUUGAUAUUGACUGAGUAAUAUGACAACUGAUUAUACUGCUUGCUGUUUCAGUCGCUAACUGGUUUAUUAGCCAGAAAUCCAAAUGGAACUGAGUCCUCAGAAUCCAUUUCUGCUGGAGUCUGUGUUCCUAGUGCCUGGCCACUAAGGGUGGCUGCAUGGAGUGGUAAGCCCAGGUGCACUGAGAGCCCGGAACCUGCACUUGGUUAUGAAGUUCACAGAGUGUAUGGUCUUAGGACUGAGAACCUGCUUUGGGGUCUGAAUGCUUGUCAACACUAGCCAGCAAUCCUAAGGACCUGGUCCUCCAGACUUGAAAAACAAUACAGGUUUUUCUAGCUCAGGGUCUAGCAGGAGCACCUCUUCCCAAGUCCUCUGAAGUCUGGAGCAAGGGUGGAAAACCAGGGGUUGGGAACGAGACGCAGGCAGACCCGGGUUGCCAAAGGACAGAAGUGGGUGCCUGUUUCCUUUUCCAGUCUCUUGUUAUGGUUUGCAGGGCUGAAUGGAUUCAGGGUAGUUCUACUCUGCUGUCUCUGCCCUCCUUGAGCUAGACCUUCUCUUACUCGGGCAGGAACCAGGCAGAGCAGAGGGAGAACAGCUAUUUGGCAGGGACUGUUUGCUGCAUGGUGUCUUCCUACUGUUUACAAGGGUGGGCGGAUGGCAAGUUAGGACACCUGAGAGGGACCUGCACAUUGACCUGCUGUCAUUGCUUCUUUCAAGAGAUUGGUGGACUGUGCACAUUUAUGGGCACCUGUGUGUUAACAGCUUUUCUUGGUCAAUGCCUUUUGACAUGUAUUCCCUUCUAUGGAAGGUGGAUGCUGCUGCCGUACUCUGUACAACUGGAGUUGAAGGUAAAAUGUCUAUGAUAAUGCCUGCUCAGACACUGAAGAUAGAAAGUUGCCAGUGCUUGGUCCUUUCCAAGCAAGUCCCAGAAGAGUCCCUGUCCAUCUGGGGAAAGUCUAUUACAAUGUGGUCCCUGUUAACCUGCAGUUUGCGCUUAGAGAUCUUGUCCUUAGCUCCUGCCCACACAGCUUGGUCUUAUUCUUGUAGCUUCUUUGGCUCAGGUCAGGGCCCCAUGUGAGGAGGUUGGCUGCAGUGAGAGCCAGCACCCAUUCCUCAGCAGGGUUCCAGCAUGAGUUGGGUUGCUCCUUGUGAAAUGGGGUGGGCCGAGGGCAGCAGUGGUCACUAGGGCAGUGAUCUCUCUCCCAUGCUUCUGAGUGGCCUGCUUUGUUCAGCUUUGCCAGGGAGGUCAGACUGUGUCACAAUGUUAUUAAACAGAGAGAACAGGCCAACCUUUCUCUGGCCCCUGCUGACUAUUGUUCUUUGAGUUGUCCUGACACAGCCCUUGGGGAAGUUGGGGAGGCUGCCAAGGGCCUGCAGAGCCCUUGCUGACAACGUUCUGGUUCCUGGUCCUCUGGCACUUGCUUUAUGUUCUGAUCUCAGUGUGGAUGGCUUUAUUCUCGGGGGCCAGACUGCUGAGAAGUGUGACUGGUGAAUGACUUGCAGUCUGCCUUUGGUGUGCUUCCUGUCUCCCAGGAACAGCUGAAGUGACUAUCCUGGUGCUAAGUGGGGGGCAGCUGUCCUGUUGAAUGGCAGGAGGGUCACCUGCUACUGUGACCAGCUAUGAGAGCAAACUGAGAAAUAGCUUAUUCUGUCACAUAGGCCUUUGUGGAGUGGGAAUUUUCUGUGGCCCUGGCUGGCCUGAAACUCACUUUGUAGACCAGGCUGGCCUCAGACUUAGACACUCUUCCUGCCUCUGCCGCCCAAGCACUGAGUUACAGGCAGGCAUGGGCCACACCUGCUGGAGUGUGGGGAUCCUUUACCCUGGGAAACAUUUGAAUAGAAAGACAGCCUUUGCCUUUGGUGUGGGCUGUGUCUGGUGGGAGGUGCGGGGCUGACCUCCUCGGGCUGAGUGUCCGGGCCUCUUAAGGUCCCCCAUGGGGAUGCUGCUAUUUCUAAGAUGCAAAUUGCACAUUUCCUAGAUUUUGUAUCUGCAGAUUUGGAUAAGGGAUGGGAUGAGGGACAAAACUGCUUAUGUAGUUUGAGUGGGCCUCAGUGGUACUUCCAACCUUUUGACUGUUCCUAAAUAAAAAUGUACAGACAUUUCUUAUCUGCUGACUGUGUGUGUGUAUGUGGUGGGGGAAAUUAAUAAAAAGCUAAAAACCC